AUGUCUAGCGUAGAUUAUAAUAAUAUUACCGCUGUUAAAAAGCCAAAUUAUGGUGCUGUGCCUACAGCAUCACCAGAAAAUGUUAUUAUCGAGGACGAAGAAGCAACACCAGAUGUCUUUGUACUCACACCUGAGGAGAAAGGGUCAAAUUGGACUGCAUAUGUGCAUAUCGUUUGUGUAGUAGUUGGGUCUGGUACUCUGGGUAUUCCGUAUGCAUUAUCCCAAGGAGGAUGGUGCUCAUUAGCAGUACUGUUGCUCUCAGCUGUGAUGUCCGUCUAUUCAAAUAAUAAACUAAUAGAAAGUCUAUAUCAUGAUGGAAAAACUCGUAAGUUAUCAAUGCCAGAGCUGGCAUCCGACGCGUUUGGAAAACUAGCUGGGCAAAAUUUUUACAAGUUGUUUCGUAAUAACGUUGCUCUAAGAAUGGAGGAUUGGGUGUAUCUUUGUGCGGCGGUGAUGACGGUUCCUUUUGUAUUAUCGAAAAACAUGAAAGAAGCUGCGUGGAUAAGUUUAUUUGGUGUUUUGACGGCUAUUCUUGUAGUUGUGAUUGUGAGCUAUUCUUCUGUUGUAGAUUAUCCGAAUCACCCAAAUAGUGAACACGAUACUAUUAAUCUUCGGAAUAUUCCAAUUGCAAUGGGAACUUUUAGUUUUGGAUACGGUGGAAACGUGGUCUUUCCUAAUGUAGAAGCUGGUAUGAAAGACCCAUCGGCAUGGCCAAAAGUUAAUUAUUCCGCAAUCGCCUCAGUAACUUUAAUGUACUUACUGAUCGGAAUUCCUGCAUACCUCACCUAUGGCCGUCAGACCCUCUCGCCAAUCUAUUUAAGUCUGCCAGACGGCUGGACAGUCACCAUCUCAAUAAUAAUGAUAACAGCACACGUUCUACUUGCCCUCACCAUCUACCUCACCUCCAUUUGCCUCGAAAUUGAAGGACGCUUAGGCAUUACUGUCGCAAAAGUCGGAAGACGUCGCGAAUUCCUGUAUCGGACAUUAUUACGCAGCGCCGCAAUGGUGAUGGUUGUGUGGCUUGCAAUUACCGCUCCGUAUUUCGCCGAUGUGAUGGCGUUGCUGGGUGCAAUGGCAAAUGGGUUAUUGGUAGUGGUGAUACCUGUGUCAACUUGGAUAAAGUUGUUUGGGUGGGAUCAGUUGCGCGGGGUUUAUGAGAAAUUGUGGGUUGUGUUCGUGUUGAUUUUUGCGAGUGUGGGAUCGUUUAUUGGAACUAGUGAUGCAAUGAUUGCGCUUUGGAAUGAUAUUACUAAAAAUGAUUAG